CAAUAUAAACACGCUAGGGUUUUUGGGAAGAGAAGAUCGAAAUCUCUGAAGGAGAGACGAUGAAGAGGCUAUAUCAUGCCUCCUUCUUCUGCAAAACCGUGUCUUCCACUCGUUCUCCUCUCUCCCACGAUGCUGCCCUCCUCUUUGCCGUCUUCCCUUACUCGGCCUCUGCCACCGCCGCCGGCACCGCAUCCACCACUGGGAAUCACAUGUUCAUGGCCCAAUACCUCAUCGACUCAUGUGGCUUCAACCAGGAGAAGGCUACUGAGGCCUCGAAGCUUCUCAACGGCAUCCAAUCCAGGCAGCAGCCCGACUCCGUCCUUGCUUUCCUCAAAAGUUACGGCUUCGAUGACGCAUCAGUAAAAAGGCUCCUACUUUACUUCCCCAAAUGUCUUCUUUUGGACGUAGAGAAGGCACUUGCACCAAAAUUCCGAGCUUUCGAAGAUCUGGGUCUCUCCCCAUCAGACAUCGUCCACCUCGUCUGGUCGAAUCCCUCCACUGUCAAAUGCAAACACGAACGCACUGUAUCUAAGAUCGAAUUUUGGCAAGGCCUUCUCAGGUCCAAGGCUGCGCUGGUGAAGUUGUUCAAGGAAAACCGAGGGAUUCUUUCAUGCAAUAUUGAGAAGAAGAUCCAGCCCAACCUUGAUUUGCUUCGGGAAUGCGGCUUGGACGGCCCAAAGCUUGCCUCUAUCUUGUGGCAUCGCCCACUGAUGGUGGCACAGAAUGCUGAUUUCUUGAAGUCGUUGAUCAGUCGCGCUGAGGAUUUGGGAGUGCCACGGACAUCGGGGAUGUUCCAUCGCACUCUCUGUGCACUCUUCACGGUCAGUCCAGAGAAGUUCAAGAGGCAAAUGGAAUUGUUCCGGAGCUUUGGGUGGUCAGAGGAUGAUUUUGUUGUGGCAUUCCGGAAAUGUCCUACCUUCCUACAGAAGUCUUUGAUGACUUUGCAGAGAAAAAUGGAGUUCCUGAUAAAUGAGGCUGGAUAUGCUUCUUCUUACAUAGCUAUACGUCCAAUUCUAUUGGAGAGAAGGUUGAUUCCGAGACAUCGGAUCUUGGCAACCUUGAAGUCUAGGGGGUGCUGUGAAAGUGAUUACAAAGUUGCAACAUACAUGGUGAUUUCAGAGGCCAAAUUCAUAGAGAAGUACAUUAUGGUCUACAAGGACAGGUAUCCAGAUCUGAGUGAACUCUAUGCAAGCUUAAAGCACUCUAAUGCUUCUGAUUCUGGACUUCAAUGAGAAAUUGAGGGAGACAAUAAUUGAGGAAAAGAACAUUGGUUUGAUCUAAUUUGAUUUGGUUCAUUUGCUAAAUAUUUAGAGGGAAAGAAUUGGAGAAGAAGCCCAAGAUUUCAAGUCACAUCAAGAGCCCAAAUCUAAAGCCCAAUUUGAGAAGCCCAAAUUCAAAUCCCUAACUUCAAUUGUCGGUCUGGUUCAAUGCACCGGUUCAGUUGAAGCUUGAAUGGCACCCGGUUCAAUUACAACUUAAAGGGAGAAAUGAGGUACAGUGCAGCUUGGCUCAGGCUUUUCUUUUCUCCUGCUUGCAUUUUCUUCUCCCGACAGCCGCAACCCCCAAGUUCCUCAUCUCGCGAUCUUCUUCAAUCUGGCAACGACAACAUCUCUGAAAGCUUCUGUGAGCAGCGACGGCUUAUACUAGGCUCAUCUUCUCCGGCGAAGCGUUUCUACGCCAGAGGGGUGAGUCCCCUUUACUCUUCAAGGCGGCAACGACACGAUGAGCUCAGAUUUAGGGAUUUCUUGUCAGUAGAGCAUUGCCCUCCGGUAAGGUCCCGAGUUGUGGACUUCUGCUGACGGCGUUCCGAAUGCUGGCAUGAUCCCAGCAACCUCAGUCUUCAAUUUCGGCAUAGUAAUUUCUGUUUUGGUUUUUGUGUGGUUUCUAUUGAUGUUAUAAUUGUGUAUUGAUUCUUGUUGUUCAUUGUUCAAAUCAGUUGUGUUGUUGUUCACUGGGGCUGGCGUUCCAAAUCUGGGUCUCCGUGUGAAGGCGGAGGUAGUCGAUUGGUGGUUGAUCGCAAGAAGAGUAGUUUGGAUAGUGUAGUUUACUUUAGUUGUUACUACUUUCGUGUAUUUAGUUGUUACUACUUUCGUGUUUGAUUUAGUGUUAUUUCCUUAUGAUGCAUGUUAGAUUA